AUGUCCCAGGCCAAAGCCCACCCCGUACCUCAACUCAGCCACGAUGAGUCUCAGGCCUCGUCGCUAAUCGAUGUCGACUCCCCCCACAUCUCCAGUGUCAAAUCCGACUUCGAGUCGCAAUCUGUUCAGACGGAUACUCAAGCCGAGCGCAUGAUCCGUGAAGCCGAGAACGAAACUGAGCGCGCUCGCCAGGAAGCUGUCAAGAAGGCCGAGUCCGCCAAAGAGAAGGCGUCCGCGCAGGCGAAGAAGGCCAAGAGCACGCUGAAGAAGGACGGCAAGAAAUUGGCAGACAACAGGGACAACCCUGUCGUUGUGGGCAACGCGGUGCUCUGGGCGAUCACGGCUGCAGCGGUGGGCUAUGGCGCGUAUCAGAAGCAUCAAGAGGGCAAGCUGGAUUGGAAGUUGGCUGGCACCGUUGCCGGUGGCAUUGGUGCUCUGGCCGUGGGAGAUUACUUCGCUAGCCAGUGGCUGCUGGAGAACAAGUAUCCUCCCAAAUAG